AUGUCCAAGUCAUCGGAUCCACGGCAUUUUUUCGAAUCAGAGCAAAAUUCUGACUCGCAUGUCUGUCUGUAUAGUGCGCAGCAGGCCAAGAGAGAAAGGCGAGAUGCAAAGUCUAGCAACAAAUAUGGAAAGCCGAUAGUGCUCAAGUCCAAAAUCCUGUCUGCAAUCGCGGAUCCGCGCAACUCCUCAUCAGCCAUCUUCGUUGCGGAAUCUGCGGGGUCCGUGAGGCAUGUCAAGCUCGGUGAUGAACCAGAUAGCACGGCAGUAUAUCGUGGGCCAUCCGCACCCGUGACCUGCGUGGCGGUGGGUGGUCCAAAGCAAAAGACCCUCUUCGCCGGGUCUUGGGAUAAGUGUAUAUGGUCUUGGGAUAUUGAUUCCCGAACCCCUGCAAGGAAGUAUGCGGGCCACACCGACUUCAUCAAGGCCAUUGCCACUGCCACUCUAGGCGGCACAGAUAUCCUGAUCAGCGGUGGUGCUGAUAAGAGGAUCAUCGUGUGGGAUGUGAGCACGGGCAAAGAACUCCACGUUCUUCAAGACAGUGUGCUUAACAUGCUCGCCGUCCAAGCACUUGCCAUAGAUCCUGCUCAAACCACUGUUGACGAGGUGUACUUGUUCAGCGCCAGCAGCGACCCGCAUAUUCGGCGGUGGAAGAUUCGCUUGGACUCUUGGAAGCAGGUGGUGGACGAGGUCCCUCAGUCUUCAACAGAGAGGCGGACUCUCCUGGAGCACGAGACUAGUGUCUACAAGCUCGUCUUUGAUCAAGAGAGCGACGAGGUUGAUCUCUGGACUGCGAGUGGUGACGGAACAGCCAAGUGUUUGGCAAGGGGCGGUGCCUUCGUUAGCGACGAUGUGUUUGAGCACGGUGACCACGUCAAGGCUCUCGCAGUCACUGGUACAUGGGUCAUCACAGCUGGGAGAGACGAGGAUGUUAAGUUCUGGGACAGGUCGACAGGGAAAUUGUACUGUUCAAUGCAGGGACACUACGAUGAGGUCACUGAUAUGGUGAAAGUGGGCGACAGUCUCUGCAGCGUUGGUAUUGAUGGUACGAUCAGAACGUGGCCCUUGACCAAAUCCCUGCUUGAUGUAGCUAUCAAAGAGCAAGAUACGUCUUCGGGAGGCAAGGUCGAGGCAAAAGAGACAGCGCAGGAAGGGUUGCUUUCGAUAGAGGAGGAGGCCGAACUGGCGGCUUUGAUGGAAGACGACGACUGA